AUGGACGAUUUCACCGUCUAUGGGAACUCAUUUGAUGCUUGUUUAGCCAGCCUAGAUCUAGUGUUGCAGAGAUGUCAGGAAAAGCAUUUAGUGUUGAACUUCGAGAAGUGCCACUUCAUGGUAACUGAAGGCAUUGUCCUAGGUCACGUGGUUUCUGAGAGGGGUAUCCAGGUAGACAAGGCGAAGGUGGAUGUGAUAUCAAAAUUACCAUACCCUACGAAUCAAAAAGAGGUGAGAGGUUUCCUAGGCCAUGCAGGGUUCUAUAGGAGGUUCAUAAGGGAUUUUGCAAAAAUCGCGCAACCACUCACUCGGUUGUUACAAAAUGAUGUUGAAUUCGUCUUUGACGAAGGAUGUGAGAGGGCAUUCCAGCUGCUUAAGGACAGGGUUAUAGUCUUCACGGAUCACGCAGCAAUAAAAUACUUACUGGCUAAGAAGGAGUCGAAGCCAAGGUUAAUCCGUUGGGUGUUACUUCUACAAGAAUUCGAUUGGGAAGUACGAGAUAAAAGAGGAACGGAGAAUAGGGUAGCAGAUCAUUUGAGCAGAAUCUUCCAAGGAGAGACAGAAGAGGCUAUACUCGAUGCCUUUCCCGAGGAACAUUUGUACCUUUUGGAGAAAUUUCCUAGACCACCUAACUGGGAAGCAGUUUUGGCUCUGACCGGUCUAGGGGAAUCGGAUAAAGGGAAGCGCACGCUGAAUGCAGAACCAUGGUUUGCUGAUCUAGCCAAUUACUUGGUCACAGGAGAGAUGCCGUGUUGUGAGAGAUGCCAACAGACAGGGGGAAUUUCAAGGAGAGAUGAGAUGCCUCUGAGCCCAGUGAUCGUGUGCGAAAUUUUUGAUGUAUGGGGAAUGGACUUUAUGGGACCGUUUCCGUCAUCAUGUGGGAAUACCUACAUAUUGGUUGCAGUGGAUUAUGUAUCUAAGUGGAUAGAAGCCAAGGCCACCACAACUUGCGAAUCAAAGGAGGUGGCGAAAUUUCUCAAGGAUAACAUUUUCAACAGAUACGGGGUUCCUAGAGCAAUCAUCUCAGACCAAGGAACACAUUUCUGUAAUCGCACAAUCGAGGCUUUGAUGAAGAAAUAUGAUGUACACCAUCGAGUGUCAACUCCUUACCAUCCUCAGUCUAAUGGCCAGGCAGAGAUUUCUAAUCGCGAGAUCAAGAUGUGUCACUUGCCUGUAGGAAUUGAACACAAGGCAUACUGGGCAGUGAAGGAAAUGAACAUGAAGCCGAUAGCAUGCGAAGAAGAGAGGAAGUUGCAAUUGCAAGAGUUGGAGGAACUUCGGCUGGAGUCGUUUGAAUCUGCCAUAUCUAAACCGAUGGAUUCUACCAAGGGAACUGAGUAUGACCCCACUUUGUUGGCCGAAUUGACACAGAAGGCUAAUUUUGAGGGUAGGGAAAUGUUUGAGGGGGAAACCCCUAUUGCUGAUGAAAUUCUUGAGGGGGAAACCCCUAUUGCUAUGGAAAUAUAUGAGGGGGAAGCCCCUAUUGUGUUUGAAGUUCGCUGCUGA